AUGAGCGACCAGAUCGAGGCACCACGUGUCACAGCUCGUCUGUUGGACAAUUUCAUUGGGCGUCAUGUCCGCAUCGUCGGGCAAGUGAUAGAGUUACGCGGUGACCAGGCAGUGAUCAACUCAGAUGGGGCCGUGACCAUCCUGCUGAAUCGCGACGCUCACCUCUCACAGAACGGAGGCGCGCAGAUCAUUGGCAAAGUGAACCCUGAUCUCUCCAUCAAAGCUCUCAACUCCGUCAACCUGGGGGACAACGUUGAUUACAAGCUGUAUGGCAUGGUUGUCGAGGUCACGCACAAGUUCCCCCAGAUUUUCCUCACGGGCACUUCGCAAUGA